AUGGCUCUUAGCGUCAUACGCCGUGCGAAAUGGGCUGCGCCGCGGUUGCAACUCGGUUGCGACGGGAUCGCGGCCUCGCUGGCACUCUCGCAGCCACUCGUCGCACGGGCCAGUGUGCCGCCGCGGGGCACGGGUCUUGCUGUGGGCGCCGCCCUUCUGGCCCUCGCCGUCAACGAUCACGUGCGUCCAGCCGACAGCGCAAAGGCGCCCUCAGUCAUCGACGAGGCCGACACCCUGUUCGAGGCGAACAGCUUCGCCGCACUUGCGUCUCUGCUGCGCACCGCGCUCGCUUCCCGACCGGACGAUGCUGCGCUGCUGUGGAGGCUCGGGCGAGCGCUAAAGAAGUUGGCGGACGCCGAGAAGGCUGCGCCAGCGAAGCAGGCCCUGGUGGUGGAGGCGCUCGAGCUGGCGGAUCGUGCCCUGGCGGCGGACGAGGCCUGCGCCCCGUGCCACAAGUGGUACGCGAUCCUGCUCUCGGACGUUGGCGCCUUUGGCGGCACGACGGAAAAGAUCAAGAACAGCUUCCGGAUCGCCGAGCACUUCGAGAAGGCCGUCGCCCUCGCGCCGACGGACGCCACGAGUCGGCACCUGCUGGGCGUGUGGUGCUUCGAGGCGCUUGAUCACUUCGCCGCGGCCGAGCAGAUGGACCCGGGCUUCUACCCGAAGAACCGGCUGAUGCUAGCCCGCACCUGCCAGAAGCUGGGCCGCGACGGCGAGGCGAGAGAGUGGCGUGCGCGGUGCCUGCGGAGCGAGGCGCGCACGCCGGAGGACGCGGAGACGCUCGAGGAGGCGGAGAAGCUCAAGGUUUGA